UUAUCUUUCUUCAAAACUGUGCAGAGCUCGACCCACUAUGGCUAACGUCGUGACUUCCCUUGACAAACCCUCGAAUUACAAAGAUUCGCAGGCUCGCUAUGAUCGGAGACAACAGAAUGAUAUGCUCUCCCAAUCCACAACCUUAUACGUCGGCAAUCUGAGCUUUUACACUACUGAGGAGCAGAUCCACGAUAUAUUUUCAAAAUGCGCCAACCCCGAGGACGGAGGAGGGGUCAAGAGAAUUAUCAUGGGUCUUGACAGAAACACCAGGACACCAUGCGGUUUCUGUUUCGUAGAGUACUACACGAACGCGGAGGCGCUCGCCACAAUGCGCUACAUCAGCGGCACAAAACUUGACGAACGUAUCAUUCGUUGUGACCUGGAUCUGGGAUACCGAGAUGGUCGGCAGUUCGGACGUGGAAAGAGUGGCGGCCAGGUUCGAGACGAGCACAGACAGGACUACGACCCAGGACGUGGCGGCUGGGGUGCACAAGCUCAACGACUCGAGAUCGAGAGGCGACGCGAAGUUGAAGCACGUUAUGCGGAUACUGAACCGGGAGGACCCGUCGCAGCUGGUGGUGAAGACUGGAAAGACCAGAAUACGGCUCCAGAGUCCACUCGCAAACGUGAACGGUCGCCCGAUGAUGAUGCCAAUGAGGGCUCAAGACAGCGAGCUCGGAUGGGCGACACAUUGGAUCAAGAUGAGGGCCGGAUGUGAGGUUGAGGCUGUCAUGGUGUUACACUUUUCUUCUCGUUCUGUUUCUUCGUCUUGUACCGUUGCUGUAGCAGUCAGCUCCACGCCUUUUCCGUAAUUACGACUAGCGUUCUAACACGAUGAUGAGGAGAGCGUGCACGGAUUAUAAAUUAUACUACAAAAAAGAACAUGCAGAUCAAUGGAUGACGUGCGCGCGUACGACGUAGUCUUCGCCCCAGACUUCCGGCUGGAACCAAGUUUUGUGGACAUUUCGGACGAGCCUGUAGGCCUCCGAGGGAGACGACAGUCGUACUAGCAGUCGAGCAGAUGAUGUCGUCGGAAACCGCGGUGGGUCCAAUUUGACAAUUUCGCCCUGUCCUCCACCCAACUUAUAUCCCUGUAUCCAACUCCGAACACCCUCGACUGUGAUUUUGCCUGGAAGACCCCAUAGGACGACACAUUUCUCCGUGUCGAGAAUGCCACCCUGGAGGCCAUCUCCUGUGACGAUUGCCCUUUGUGCUGCCUCUGCGCGACCGGCCACACCUCGUGUUCGAGCAGAAGGUGGUGGCGGAGUGAAUGCGCUAGGUCGAGGAGAGACCGGAUGGCCAAAAAGAGCAGCUUUUUGGAGGGCGUUCAGGGCUGGUCGUACCAUUUCAGGACGGGCGACCUUAAGGUAAGCUGUACCAGUCGGACUGAAGCGUUUAUAGUUCAGGGAGACAUCGACUACAUUUUCAACAUUAUACUGCCUAAUCAUGCGGGAAAUGUCACCAGGAGUAGUUGUUCUAGGAAUGUCAUUGAGUCUGAUGGCCGAAGUCUCUCCUAUCAUCGAAACUCCGUGAUUUUGUGAUCUGCUGAGAUUGUUUCGAAAAGCCGUUCGAAGCGUAGCAGAGCCAGCAGAGGACAUGGCGGAACG